AUGUUCAAGAGACGCCAAAGCCGAGGCAUUGCAGCCGACCAUUUGGGUGGAGGUACUAGCCUCUUUGAAACGGCUGUACCUGCUGGGCCUGAAGGCGGCCUGGGCGGAAAUCCCACUGGGCUGGGCGGACCCAACGUCAUUACUUCCCGGGGUCUAACUAAAAAGCCCCUCUUCGCUCCCGAGCACCCCGCGCCCAAACACAGCUCGCGCAGCCCUUUGGCUACCUGCGCUCAUUCCCACUCCCGUAAAUCGUCCGUAGACGACAGCAAGGGCGAGAUCGUCGACGAUGACACGCUCGUAGUCGAGCCCGAGCAGGGCAAUGUGCUCAUGCAUAUCAUCUCGCAGCUGCGGCCCGGAGCUGACCUCAGCCGUGUCGUCCUCCCAACGUUCAUCCUCGAGCCCCGAAGCAUGCUUGAGCGGAUCACAAACUUCAUGUGCCACCCCGAGAUGCUCUUGCCCAUCCCGCAAAUAGAAGACCCUGUCGAGAGAUUCGUCUCUGUUGUCAAAUUCUACCUAAGUGGCUGGCAUAUCCGCCCACCAGGUGUCAAGAAACCCCUCAACCCCAUUCUUGGCGAGAUCUACACUUGCUACUGGGAGUUCGACGACAAGACAAAAGGUUACUACAUCUCCGAACAGACCUCCCACCACCCUCCAAAGUCGAGCUACUUCUACAUGGUCCCCGAACACAACAUUCGCAUCGAUGGCACGCUGAAACCAAGAAGCAAGUUCCUCGGCAACUCUGCUGCGAGUAUGAUGGAGGGUACGGCCAUCCUCAGCCUUCUGAACCGGGGAAAGCCUGGGCAUCCUGAACGAUACAUACUCACUCAGCCUAACAUGUAUGCGAGGGGAAUCCUUUUCGGCAAGAUGAAGUAUGAGCUCGGAGACCACAGCUUCGUCCGAUGCCCCGACCUGGGCCUAGCGGCCGACAUCGAGUUCAAGACGAAGGGUUGGGUUAGCGGGACCUAUAAUGCCAUUGGCGGCUUUAUCAGGAACGAGCGGACCGGAGAGAACCUUUAUGAAUUCUCUGGCUUGUGGAGCAACGAGAUGUAUCUGAAGGAUCUGAAGACUGGUCACAAGGAACUCUUCUUUGACGCUACCCAUGCGAAACCCUCUUCUCCAAUAGUCCGACCUAUCGAGGAGCAGGAAGAGCGUGAGUCUGUCAGGCUGUGGCAGAAGACUGCCCAGGCGGUUAGGGACCGCAACCACGAGCUUGCGACCGACGAAAAGUCAAAAAUUGAGGACAUGCAGCGAGCAGAGGCGGCCAGGCGAGCGGAAGAGGGCGUUGAGUGGCACCCGCGACUCUUCCGGCGCGUCAAGGGCGGCCCAGGGGGUGUUGACGAGGGCGAGGAAGACCUGGAAUGGAUUAUCAAUGCUCAGAUAGACGGCACAACGCCAGAGAAACAAACCGAACAGAUCCUGGCUAUAUACCCCAUAGUGAAGGGACAAAAGGCCAGCCAGAAGAACUUCAUCCCUCCCCACAGCUUCUCCCGCAAGUCCUCGCUCGUCGGAACCGAGGCCAAACCCCAUGCCGCCGCCGACGAUCUGAUAGACUUUGGCCAGAAUGAUACCGCAGCGGCCCCGGCAGCCCCAAAACACGCAGGCGGUGAGAUCGAGUCGCUCCUUGAUGCGACCGCCACCUCCAAGCAGACGGGGCCGCUCGUGGACUUCCACGACGACCUCAAGAAGGACCUGCCGUCGGUGAAGCGCUCCGACACGGAGGAGUCGCACGACGAGUUCCAUGAUGCGCUGGAGUAG